CCUCCCGCUCGCCUGUGCGCUCCUCUCAAUUACCUGUUCCCUUCCCACGGCACUGACGCGAGCGCGAAUUGGCGAGCACAUGCCACGUUGAGAGAAGAACAUUCUCACUGCACGGCGGCUACACGCGGGCUAACGAGGAGCAUUUCAGUUUAAUCUUUUAAAAAAAAACUUAACCAAGUGGUUAAACAAAGCCCCCCACCCUGAAACAAGCGGGCGACUGAGGAUCUGAGAGACCUGCGAGGAUGCACUUGUUGUCCGCCAGCUGCGUGCGUGUGUUCCUCUGGGCCGCGCUCCUCCACCAAGCGAGCAGUUUGCAGACUGUUAUCGGCCUGUAUGGAGAAACAUUCGAGAUCCCCUGCAACAAUGGAGCCGUAAAAUCAGAGGACAUCCUAAUCAUUAAAUGGAAAUAUGACAAAGGAGAGGGGACUCCGGGAGACCUGCUGGUCAAGCAGAAAAAUCAGAAUGUCUCAAUCAGCACCACCGAUGAAUACAGGGGUCGCAUUCGCUUGGCUGCAAACUCCAGCCUGCUGCUGUCUGCGGCCAAGCUGAGCGACCAGCGCACCUUCACCUGCAUGGUGGUGGCUGGUGCCGACAUCGCGGAAUAUCCGGUUAAUGUGGUGAUCUACAAGACGGCGGCGGGCCUUGAGAUUUCCGACAGAGCCGAGGAACUAGAGAUUGGCAAACUUACUAAGCUCGGGACAUGUGUUGCAAAAGACUCUAAUCCAGCUGCAAAUAUAACAUGGCUCAAGAACAAGUUACCUCUGCAGGCUGAUGGGAAAGGGAUAUCCAUCGAAGCCUCGGUGCUGGUGAACCCCGCUACUGGCCUUUCAACCACUACUUCCACACUGAAGUACUCGGCGCAGAAGGAAGACACAGACGCCGAGUUCACCUGCAGCACUCAGCCCACUUUGGGCUCAAAGCUGUCCUCCUCUCCAGCAACGUUCACAAUCACCUACUCCACAGAGAACGUCGUCCUUCAGGUAACCGCUCAGGAACCUCUCGUAGAAGGCGACAACGUGACUUUGAAGUGUGUGGCAGACGGCAACCCGGCUCCUACUGCCUUUAACUUCCACCUCAAGGGGGAGUUGGUGAAAGUUGAAAAUGCAAAUUCUUACACCAUCACGCAUGUCACGCGUAACUCGAGUGGUGAAUACAAAUGCUCUCUUGUUGACAACCCGACAAUGGGAGCAUCAAAGGACAUCACUGUCAACUACAUAGACAUCGAUUUAAGCCCCUCUGGAAACAUCGUCAAGAAUGCUGGUGACGCCUUGGAUCUAAGUCUCCAGAUUGAUGCCUCUGGAGACUACCAGGUCUCUUGGACAAAGGACAAUGUUAAACUGGACGAAGAGCCCGUGUUUGCCAAGCUGACUUACAGUGACUCUGGGCGCUAUGAGUGUGAGGUGAAGGUGGGGGGGCUCAGCCAAAAAGCCUUCCUCGAGCUGACUGUCGAAGGUGUUCCAGUUAUCAAACGGCUGUCCAAACAGCGCGGUGAAGACGGGAGACAUAAAGUCCUGAUCUGUGAGGCGGAAGGAUCUCCGAAGCCGGUCGUUUCCUGGAGCAUCAACGGCACCUCGCUCGAUGAGAGUCCCUUUGUCAACGGAAAGAUAACACACAAGAUCACAGUUGUGCCGACCGCAAAUCUUACUGUCUCUUGUACGGUGGACAAUAAGUUUGGCGUGGACAGUAGGACUAUAAAUGUGUCAUCCCUAAAUGAGGAGGUGAGAAUGGAUAAACAAGACCAAUCAGAUGAUAACGACCAAACCAAGUUGGUGGUUGGGGUGGUGGUCGGUCUCCUUGUUGCCACUGUGGUGAUUGGCCUUGCAUACUUGGUCUACAUGAAGAAAUCCAAGCAAGGAAGCUGGAAGACUGGCGAAAAGGAGAACGGGUCCUCUGAGGAGGAGAAAAAACUGGAGGAGAAAGUGGAGGAGAACAGCCAAAAAGCUGAGGUGUAAAGAGGAGCCAACGUCUCUUGGAAAUGUGAAAGUUGGAACGUGAAACUUUUACACAUUUCUCUUCAACUUUGUGGGGAAAAAACAAGUGUACAUUGGGACGAAGACGCUUUGGAUUUGGUUUCAGGGAAUGAUUUGAUAAAAAAAAGCAUAUCCACCCCCCCCCUGCCUCCUCCCUCUCCCCCCUCAACCCCUCAACCCCACAAACCAUCACUCCAUUCCAAAAGAAAGAAGAAAAAGAAGAAAGAAAGAAUGGAUUCUGUAAUGUGGAAUACAUAACUUGUCUGCACUACUGAUACACGUGUAAACCUGUCUACUAUUAGGACUCAUGCUUGUUGGAAUGGAAUUUGGGAAACUGAGAUAAUGCAGAUCUUUUUUUUUUUCUCGUUUUGCUAGUUGAUGCAAGUAGAAUUACUACUAGACCAGUUGCCUUUGCCGUAAGGAUGUGUAGGCCUGCAUUAGUCUGACCCUUUGGCCCGAGGGGACAUCACCGCCACCGCUUUUCAGCUUCACGUCAUCUCAGUCAAACCACCUCUGCCUUGAACAUCUGUGUACUAAAUGUGUUUACUGGAGCCUUUCCUCCCAGUUUGUCUCCUCAGUCGUAAAAGAAUGUUGAACUAGAGGUGAAGUGGCUGAAAGGGUUACUGGUUACGGGGGUUAAACUCGACAUUAGUUGUAGAUGGCGAGAUGCUUCACACUGCAGGAAGUGGGCGAUGUGGCACAGAGUUCUUUGGCGUUACAUGAUUUGUUUUUUUUUUUGUUUUUUUUAUCGUGUGUACCUCUUUGCAAAGUAAUCAAGAUUUUAAAAAAAAGAAGAAACUCAGUUUAUUUUUUCCCCCCCAUUUCUUUUUUUCAAAUGUACUGUACAUUCGACAUAACCACUGUGUAAGACAGGCAUGUAGAAUAUUGAGCAAAAUGUUAGGGUACUCAUACUAUUGGCUGUACAGAUUGUUUUACAUGAAGCCAUUGUUUGUUUUCACGCGAGAAUAACUCCUUUGGCCUGUUGUGGUGAAAGGAAGUUCCAAGGCUGUAAGUGAAUUCUCUCUUUGUUCUCCAUUAGUGUUGAGGUAUGAUUGUUUAUUGUGUAGCUUUGGCAUCAUUUUGGGACGGAGCACGCAGAGAGGACAAGGUGUUUAUCUUAAAGUAGUCGUCACGAUAAAUCUGCCUCCUUUUAAAUAUCAACCUGUAGUUGCUUCAGUUUGUGAUGUGCAUUAUAGUUCAUGCUUUCGUGUCAGAUUUGUGUAGAAUAUGAUGGAAUACACGCAGCUGUACAUUUCACAAAUUUGGUCGUUUUUAAGAGCUUUUACUCAAUUUGAUCAAUGUAUCAAGUCUGGGAUGUAAUUGUGAAUUAUGUGAAUUUAAUUUUCCUUUUGCUAUUUAUAUUGUAAAAAUGUCCAGGUAGGCAAAUUCAAUAUUGUCCAUUUAAUUCAUAGCUUGGAUUGAAACAGUCGGUAAAUUGCUAGCAGACAUUACUAAAGUGUAAUUAAAUUGCGAGUCGUCAGUAGUUGGCUCAGCGUCUGGUUGAACACUGGAUUCACAGCACGUGAUAAUCUCAGACCUCCAAGCUGCUGUUUGUAAAACCAUCAAAUUGGAAGAAUGACCAAAGAAAGUGAACAUUGCCAUGCAAGUAUUGUAAAUACCCGAUGUUUGUUUUUGUACUUUUGUUUAAAAUAAAGUGUACAUUUGGAAAAAAAACAUGUCCACUGAAUAUUAAUUAUGUUGUUACAGUUUUCACAUUUUUCGUCUUUGAAAUAAAGAGCAACAAGGUU